CCAAUACUUAGCCUGCAUGAAGCCUCGUCGUCCUACACAAGUUAUCAACUUACUCAGUAGGUCUUUGUUCGUAAACAUCAAUACCGCCAUUUUGUGUAGAUCUGUUGAUUUUUAUUAGUAAUAAAUAUUAUUUAAAAUGAGUAAAGGCUACGCGUUAAUUUACUGGAUUGAUUCUCAAAAUGUUGAAACAGUUAAAUGUUCAGCUAUACCUCAGAGAUGUAGAAAAGAUGGCGCUGUUAUAUCAUUGAAAUGGAAAAAUGCCGUCACUGGAAUCAAUGAAAGAAAAACAGCUAAGAUUUUGAAAAUCUCUAUUGAUAAAAACGAGUUAAAUAAGCUAACAGUUGACACGUCAACGGGAAUAGUACUUGAGAAAAAGAAAUCAAUUCAGUCAAAUUUAAUUUCUCCUAGAUCAGAUUUAUUGUAUGGAACUAAAAAUGCACCAAAAAUAAAAAUAAGAAAACACAAAAAACAAGAUAAUAACAAAGAAUCGAAAGCUAAACAUAAUUUUAAUACUGCGGUUUUCACUGCACUCAGCGACAAUGAUAGUUCGUCUUCGGAUUCUAGUAGCAAUGAUGAGGACAAUGACAAUAAUGAUGAACAUGACGAUCGUGAUGAAAACAAUCCAAUGGCUGCUGAAGAUUUAAAUCAACAAGUUAAAGAUUUAUUGCAAUCUGCAACAGUCGAGAACGUUAAUUUCCUCAAAAAAUUAGUCGGAUUAAUGGAAAAAGUUUGUGACAAAUCUGUAAGCGUCAAACGAGAAGAACAUAGUGUGCAAGAUCAAAAUAAAGCUGACAUUCACCAAAGUUUAGGUCCAUAUUUACCGCCAAUGACAAUAAAUGCGAUAUUCCACCGCAAUCAAGAUUUAAAAGACUGGCGAAAAUUAUCUACGGACAUCCUCGUUGAAAUUUACGGCAAAGAAUUAGCAUUUUUAUCUGCGAAAGGUCGCAGAGGUGCACGGGGUAUUGAUCCCAACGUCUAUCGUGCUAUUUACGAUUUAGUGAAUAUGAGAACAGAAUGGAUAAUACCUUCAAAGGAUUUCGUAAGGCAUGUAAAUAAAGUUUGUUCAAAUCGUAAAAAAUAUAUAAGAAAGUCAAUCGCCGAAAUCGGUGUCGCUUCAACGAGUCAAAAUGGAAAUAUUAGUGAAGAAGAUCCAAUUGCUACUUUAGAGCAAGGGGAUUUUGAUCAUCAUGAAGAAAUACAGUAUCCUCAUAGUAAUUUUUGCACAAUUAAGAUCGACGAAACUUAUUCUCAGGCGCAAAUGUAAUUUCAA